AUUAACUCGCUGAAAUCAGCAUUCAGCACUACAGCAGUACUCCAAAUUUGUUAGAGAGAGAUUUUUUCCAUUUCCAGCGCCAGUGAAAUGCGAAAAUUGUCCAACGGUUCCAAGCUUCCCCUUCUUCAGGUAAUUGAAAAAAUUAGGAGAGAUAAUUGAAAAAGCUCCUCUUUGAUUUCUUUUUCCUUUUCCUGAUGGGACGCUAUAAUUAACUAUUUGAUGAAAGGAGUCACAGAAUUUACUAUUUAGUCUGACAACAGUGUAACUGAAAAUGAAACGACGAGGUGAUCCAAUCAAAUUUGUGUGCGUUCUAGUGUCUUCUGUUUUUGCUUUCGUUCUGUGUCUUUCAGUACUUAAACUUGACGAAAUACUAGUAGGAACUAGUAAUGCAAUUAAUUUAUCAGGAGUUAAGAAACUGAAAGUCAAUCCAACAGCAGCAGGAGGAAUUGGGAAGUUGGGCGAAGUGGUGAUCGGAAUGCUGCCUCAAGAUUUGGGGUUCACUUUAUUUUUGCCAUCUGAAAAAGCAUUCGAGCGGGACCUGGGUUUGGGCCCCAAUGAUUUGGUGGGCGAGAAUGGGAACGAUACAUAUGCAAUACUAACUCGAGUAAUGGGGUUUUCAGCUGUGCCGAGAGCGAUUAACUCGAAUGAUGUACAGUUGGGGAAGGAGAUUGAUUAUGAUUCUAUAUCGGGAUAUAUACUCUAUAUAUCGAAAGAUUCAGAUGGGUCAUUGAUAGUGAAUCGAAUUGCUUCUGAAAUGGUGGAUCUGAGAAGAGGGAAGAUAGUUGUACAUGUUAUGGAUGGGGUGAUAAUGGAUUCAGAAUUUGAGCACUCUGUACGACCUGGUUCCCAGGAGGAUAAUUGAGCUCAGUUUCGUGAAUUGAUGAUUACCCCAUUUUCGCUGGGGAAAAAAUUGUGAAGCUUUUACUGAGUAACGAUUGAUACACUGGGAUGGCUCAGGUGGAUCUAUAAAGAGGAAAACUUUGUUGAAUUUGCUGUCUCUGACUUUAUUAAACAAUAUUGGGCUUUGUGUAGUUUUUUUUGUUGAUUUUGGACUUUUUCAAGCUGAUGUUUUGCUGCUGCUUGUUUGUUACAGUAAUUUAGCCUGUUAUUAUUGUUACAUUAUAAUAUUAUUGUAAAAAAAAAAAGUUAUAGCUGUUACACUGUACUUUAUUUAUCGUCUUA